CCCAUAAGGAGACAAUCUUGCUUGAAGGGCACCUGCUAAGAUAGUGGCGCAUACUCACUCACGAUGAAGGACGAUAUCAUCUAUUUGGUGCUGCUGGGAUCAUGUAUCGGAUUUGGGCAGUUUUAUCGGAAAUUCACCGAUCCCGAACAGAAGAAGCUCAUCGGCACCGGGUUCGGUCUGCUGGUGGUGCUGUCCGUUAGCGGGUUCCACAUGCUGCACAUGCUCUUCUGUUAUCUCGUGAGUGCACUCCUGAUAAUCUAUGCUAGCCGAAAGGUAUGCCAUCUCGCCUGUUUCGGCUUCAUGUUCGGGUAUCUGUUCUUCUUUCGCUCGCUGUCGCUUCUGGGCUAUGAAUCGCCCCCAGGCCAUACGAACAUGAUUCAAAUGAUUCUCACCCUCAAGCUCGUGGGACUAGCGUUCGAAGUUAACAACGCUUCCACCAAAGCAAAGGCUGUAGAAGAUGCGAAAAAGUCUGCCGUGGCAGGGGACAAGCAGACGGAUCCGUCUCCUCCGGCCACGUUGAGUGAGGUCGAUCAUGCUUUACUGAAGCUGGACAUGCUGGACAUCUUCCAUUACAGUUUCAACUACGUAGGAAUCUUAACUGGCCCAUACAUAACGUUCAAAACGUAUCGAGAUGCCGUUCAUCUUCCCUUCAGUGGCAAAGCGGACUGUAUCGGGGCGACGGUGGGAAAGCUAAAGGUCAUUCCACUCUACGCUGGCCUAUUUCUGCUUGUAUCGUACAUCUGGCCCUUGCAGUAUGCAACGAGCGUUGAAUUUUACGAGGAACGUUCUUUCCUCUACCGGCUGAUGUACGUAUGGCCAACGUUUUUCAUCUUCCGCAUGCGCAUCUACACGGGCAUCCUGCUGAGUGAGUGCGUCUGUACAAUGGCCGGUGUUGGCGCGUAUCCGACCCUGUGUGGCAGCAAACCAGGACACGGUCCCAGCAAAGAGGACUACAGCGCCUUAGUCGGAGAUUCGGCGGCGACUGUGGAGUACGAUUUCGAAACGGUGCGUAACAUCGACGUCGUCAACACGGAACGUUGCUGGACGUUCCGCGAAGCCAUGAAGUACUGGAACAUGUGUGUGCAGUACUGGAUGGCGAUGUACGUGUACAAACGCUUCCCGAGCAAGAAAUAUCGCACCCUCGUCACGUUGGCCGUGUCCGCCAUCUGGCACGGGGUGUACGCGGGCUAUUACUUCUGCAUAUGCGGUGCACCGUUUUACCUACCGAUCGAGGAUCUGUACGUAAAGCUGUUUAUCAAGGAUGCGACCGGACAGCGACGCACGGUGUUGAACGUGCUGUGCUGGAUCUCAAAGUUUUUCGCCUUCUCGUACCUGGGUAUCGCCUUUCUGCUGCUGACGGUGGAUAAGAUUUGGUACUACUACAGCUCCGUCUACUACUUCGGCUACGUACUGUGGAUUGUGCUGUACGGUGUUGGCGUGCUGAUUGCGAAACAGCGCAAAGCCAACGCGAAACGCGAGGCGCGUUCGUCGCAAGAAAGCACGAAACAGGAAUAAUUUGCUCGGUUGUUCUUUGAUGUUAACGCUCAAUUUGUUCUCAUGACAAUUCAACUCAAACUUGUAGCACUUGAAAUUGUACUCUAUAACACAAAACCGUGUUCCUAUUGCGUUCAAUGGUAGACUGUACUCUAGACUCUUAAUGUUUGU